AUACUGUACAUGUGUAUGUGCCAUGUUGCGGUCUGCUGUUCAUUUGGGUAGAAAACGAGGUGUGGUAUUUAACAGUCUGUUCACUAAAUAUCUCUCUACUUCACAGCAAAUGGCUGAUUUAGGAGCCAAGAUGGAGAGGUUGUACAUUUCAGACAAAGGAAGCGAUGAAGCUGGAAUUGGAUCAGAGCAAAAACCGCUCAAGUCACUUCUAAAGGCAAUGCAAGUUGCUGGUAAAGAGCCCUUUCCGAUGUUUAUGUGUGACUCCAAGGUCGAAGGUCAGACAUGGGAGGAAGUUUCUAAUGCCCAGCGUAAGAAGGUUUCCAAGAUAUUCACACGAGAGCAGAAGAAGAACGAAGAGAAGGAAAAGAAAGAGGCAGAGGAUCAAGAAAGGAGAGAGAAGAAUCUGGAAGAAGCUAAAAAGAUCAAGUUGUCUGAAGAUCCUGACCUUCCAAAGGCAUCUAAGAUUCUGGUUAAAGAUGGAACAGCACAUCGUGAUCAACGAGUCAAAAUACAAGGCUGGGUCCAUCGUCUUCGUAGGCAAGGCAAGAACCUCAUGUUUAUUGUCCUUAGAGAUGGAACAGGUCUCAUCCAGUGUGUACUGAAUGACAAACUGUGCCACACAUAUGAGGCCCUUACACUCUACACUGAGAGCACAGUAGCAUUGUAUGGAGUCAUCAAGGUUCUACCUGAGGGCAAAGAGGCCCCUGGAGGUCAUGAGCUGUCAUGUGACUACUGGGAGCUGAUUGGUUCGUCACCAGCAGGUGGUGCAGACAGCCUGAUCAAUGAGAACUCUCUAAUUGAUGUUCAGCUGGACCAACGUCACAUGAUGAUGCGAGGAGAAAAGCUCACAAAGAUCAUGAAAGUCAGAUCGAGGCUUACACAGUGUUUUAGGGAACAUUACUUCAGCAAAGGAUACAAUGAGAUUUGUCCACCAACCAUGGUACAGACCCAAUGUGAAGGAGGAUCCACUCUCUUCAAAUUUGACUUCUUUGGAGAGCAAGCAUAUCUUACCCAGUCAUCUCAGCUGUAUUUGGAGACCGCUUUGCCGUCACUAGGGGAUGUAUUUUGCGUCUCGCAGUCUUACCGUGCCGAAAUGUCUCGCACUAGACGUCAUCUGGCCGAGUAUACCCAUAUCGAAGGGGAGUGCCCUUUCAUAACGUUUGAUGAUCUACUUAACAGUCUAGAGGACCUUAUAUGCGAUGUGGUUGACAGGGCGUUAGCAUCACCCAUUGGACCCCUUAUCAUGGAAUUCAACCCAAAUUUCAAGCCACCAAAGCGGCCUUUCCGUCGUAUGGACUACAGUGAAGCAAUCGUUUACCUAAAGGAACAUGACAUUAGGAAAGAUGACGGUAGUUUCUACGAGUUUGGGGAGGAUAUCCCAGAAGCCCCUGAACGGAAGAUGACGGACCAGAUCAAUGAGCCAAUAUUGUUGUGCCGAUUCCCUGCUGAGAUCAAAUCCUUCUACAUGCAAAGAUGUCCAGAAGAUAGGAGACUCACUGAAUCUGUGGAUGUCUUGAUGCCCAAUGUUGGUGAAAUGGUUGGUGGAUCAAUGAGGAUCUAUGAUUAUGAAGAGUUGAUCGCAGCUUACAAGUCAGCAAAGAUAGAUCCCUCUCCAUACUAUUGGUAUACUGAUCAGAGGAAGUAUGGUACAUGCCCACAUGGUGGCUACGGUCUAGGCUUGGAACGAUUCUUAACAUGGAUUCUGGAUCGACAACACAUCCGAGAUGUUUGCUUCUACCCUCGCUUCAUUGAACGCUGUACUCCAUGAGUCUUCAAUAUGAACUUCUUAUCAAAGUGUAAAAGUAAAAGUAAUCGAAAAGAAGAUUGCCUGCUGAUUCAAGUUUAAAGUAUUAAGAACUUUCAGGAUUUGUUUGACGGAUUAGUAAAGCCACUGAACACGUUCGGUAAUUGUAAAAAGCGAAAUAAAAUUUGUUUCAUUUGGUUUAUCCCAACAUGUGCAUAAAAAUAACAAAUCUGUGAAAACUUAGGCUCAA